CAUUCAUAACAAUAACAAACAAAUUAUUGAUUAUUUUAUAUAACCGUAAAUGCAUUGUAAGUAUUAUUAGUAUAUAUUAGCGAUGAGUAGCGCAACGCCAAAGAUCUAUACAUUGAAGACACUGUUGGAGAGUCCGCUACCGGUGUGGACACGACUGGCCAGAGAUCCCUUGAAACGUGAACUAAAAAAUCAAUUGAAAUUAAUUAAUUUGAAACCAACUAAAAGAGUUCAUCUGAAGUUUGAUCCGUUUCAUCCACACGUGUCGUCCAUACGCGAGUUCUUAGUUGCGGUCAGUUCGCCGAAUAUUAUCAAAACCAAUCCCAAGUGUAUAAUCAAGACGGAGAUUGUCUGCCAGAGACAGGAGCCGACAAUUACCGUAUCGUUGGAAAACGGCAAAACAAUUAUCUUCAAGACUGAUCUGUUGUCGACACUGGAGAUUACGAAAAACUACAAUCAAUUGGUAAAUAAAUUGACGGCUACUCCGACGGCGGCCACUGUUUAAAAAAGUAGUUUAUUGAUUGAUUGAUUGAUUGGAUCCUAUAAUAAUUUUACCGAUAAUGGCCAACAAUAAUAAUAAUUAUUAUAAAUCAAAUAAAAACCAUAUGGCCACCGAUUUGAAUAUAUUUAACAAAAUUUACCGAAAUAUCCCAACAUUUGAUGACCUG